AUGUCCUUCAUUGCACUUGCGCUUCGGUCAGCCAGAAGUGAGGUCUAUUCGGUCGGCGUGAAACUCUUUCCUGCUAUCAUUGUCCAUGGCCAGAACCACCAUACGCCUUCAUCAUCCUUGAACGCAUAUGAAUCGAGAGUCUUCCUCGCUGGCGGUACUGGCAGAAAUUCCACGUCGUCUAAUCAGAACGGUGUGGGAGAUCACGUCCAAAGUGACAAAGAUAUUACUUCCAUCAAGAGCGGCCAUCGACCGAAUCCUCAGGUAAUCCGACCCAUUCUCAAAGAGACAUUCGAUCGAAUUGACACUCUAAUCGCCCUCGACGAAACACUUGGUCCCAAUGACCCAACGACUGAAUUGGCGGCCAAGGCAUUGAAGGAAAGCCUCGAGGCCUGGAGAAACGAGAUGGAUCUCGAGGAGUGCUUCCAGGCGACAAUGAAACCGAUGCCUAAACCCGCGGCAAAGCCAAGUGCGGAGCAACUCACUUGGCUCAAGAAUGUCCACAAUCUUGCCUGCCAGGAAAUCAAGCAACCGGGACCACCUGAGGAAUUGUUGGCGAAGGUUGAGAGUCUACUCACGAUAGCUCUUAUUACCGAGGGAUCUACGGGUUACCCUUAUAGAUAA